AUGGACAAUGUAAAGGGCCAGCUCAUUGAUGAACCUAAAAUCAUUACAUAUAUACAAACUAGUUAUGAUAAUUCUGUAUUUGAUCAUGACGUGGUUUGUCUGAAUGAUGAAAAAGUAUGGACGAGUGGUAUUGGCAGUGUAAUAAGAUUAUACAACCUGCAUGGGGAAGUAUUGGAUUCAAUUGACAUCAGGUCGGGGGAAAUGCCAGAAAAAAUAGCAGUGACAAAAGAUGGUGACCUUGUUUAUGUUGAUGUAAAGGAUAAAGCUGUGAAUAUGGUGAAGAAUAGACAGACAGAGACAGUGAUUAGACGCCGUGGAUGGAGUCCAACCAGUGUAUGCAGUACUUCCUCUGGUGACCUUCUGGUAAUAAUGAUUAGUGAUGACAUUCACCAAAUAAAAGUUAUGCGAUACUGUGGCUGCACUGAGACACAAUGUAUUCAAUAUGAUGACAGUGGACUGCCUCUCUAUUCAUUAGGUGGAGUUUUGAACAUGAAACACAUCUGCGAGAACAGGAAUCUGGAUAUCUGUGUAUCAGACUACGACAAUGGCGUUGUAGUGGUGGUCAGUCAGGCCGGGAAGCUCCGGUUUACCUACACUGGUCCACCAUCUAUGGUCAAGAAAUCAUUUCAUCCAGUCGGCAUCACUACAGACAGCCAAAGUCGGAUCCUGGUAGCAGACAUGCUAAACAACCGUAUCCACAUCUUGGAUAAAGAUGGGUACAUAAUACGCUUUAUCAGCAAUUGUAAUUUACGCGCUCCACUUGGCCUAUGUGUAGACACGAAAGAUUACCUUUUUGUGACCGAGAGAGACACUGGUAAAGUGAAGAAAAUUCAAUACUGCAUUCCAUCUACAACAUGUAAGGUCACCAAUUAG